GCGGCCUCCCCGUUCCCUGCACCUGGCCUCACUCUGCUCUGCUCGACCGGUCUAGCGUCCAGACACAGCAUAUGGCAGCGGCUUGUUCAUAGGAGUAUACAGAACGACGCACACACACGCUAUCAGCGAUCGCCAGAUAGGUAGAUAAUUAUAGAUAGCUCGGCAGACAGCUAGUACGCUCUCGGACAUACGCAGAUACAUGGCGAACAAGAACGAAAAAUAGCCCACAUCAAACCGUCCAGGCCAGCCAGCACGCUCUUUUCCACCCCCCAAGCACCACCACUGCCCCGCAAUGCAUGACCUACUGAACUCGCCGCUUUUCCCCCUCGAGGAGCUGUCGCCGGAGACGUUUGUGAAACUCCCGAAGACCCCCCACGCCGAGUCGAAGUCGGUCAAGCUCUACAUCAUCCUCGCAGAGCCCCACCUUUUCCUCGAGGGCUUCACGAAGGACGAGGUGCUGUCGAGACCGCCGUCGAUCCUUAGAGGCUGUCUCUUUCUGCGCAUCCUCCACCCGGUGAAGAUCAAGGAGAUCAACUUGAAGCUGAAGGGCGUCUCCAGAACAGAGUGGCCCGAAGGCAUCCCGCCCAAGAAAACGGAGCACUUUGAGUCGAAGGGCAUCCUGAACCACACGUGGCCCUUCUUCAGCUACCUCAACGCCUACCCGCAAACGGCCAACUCUCGAAACAACGCAGAUCUCUUCAUACCCAAAUCGGAUUCCGACGUCUCCAACUUCUCCCUCGAUGCCAACAACAACACCCUGUCGCCAGUCACUUCAAGCACCGACUUGAAACCCGUGUUGUCCCCGGUGUCGCUCUUGAAAUCUUUCCGAAACACCUCCAACACAUUGUCCUCCAUCACCUCCUCCUCCGAACUGACCACCUCUCUCUCGAGCUCGGGCAACGAUGACAACAAGCUCUUUCCGCCGGGCGACUACGUCUACUCAUUCGAGCUGCCAAUACAGUCCUCCCUGCCCGAAUCCGUCUGCGUGACGUUUGGCUCCAUUGCCUACAACCUUGAAGCACACGUGGAGAGAAGUGGCGCUUUCAGGUCAAGCUUGACCGCCAGACGGCCCCUCAGUUUGGUCCGGGCUCCCUUUGAAAAUUCAAGUGAAGAAAACGAGCCGAUCAUCAUAGACAGAGACUGGGAGAAUAGGUUACAAUAUGACAUUGUAAUCUACUCCAAACAAGUCAUUUUGAACUCAUAUCUACCCAUCUCAUUUCGUAUGAUCCCGUUAGAGAAAAUAAAAGUCCACCGAUUACGAGUCUACAUCACCGAACAUUUGGAGUAUUACUGUCACAACAAAAAGGUCCAUCGAACAGAGCCUCCAAAGAAAAUUUUAUUGUUGGAACACAAGCCUCCAAAGGAUUGUGAUAAUCUUCUCUCCCUUGGAAAUGAUGAAAUAGGCGGCGUCGAAUUAGAUUUCCAAGUGUUCAUACCUGAAUACUACAAUGAGAAAUUCCAUUUACAUCCAGAUACAACUAGCGAAGAUGUCCAAUCACAUCAUUGGAUUAAAAUAUCUAUACGUAUUUCCAAACCAGAGCCAACUCCCGAAGACCCUAAUAAGCGGAAACAGUACGAAUUGUCAAUUGACUCCCCAAUGCACAUUUUGAGCUCUCAUUGUGUCCAUGCAAACACUCUAUUGCCCUCAUAUGAUGAGCAAAUAAAGUUGGAUCGCUUAAAUAGCAAUAUCAACCACACUACCAACAGCCUCACAGAAACAAACACAAAUAAAACGUUGACCCCGGUUUCGUCCAGUAGACAGUCUUUAGAUAAAAUGAUGUCUCCAAGGGAUGACACCAUUUUAGACUCAAAUCUUUUCAAGCCUGAUGAUUCUGUUCCUGUGGAAAUGCUUUCACCUCAAGCAAAACCAUUUUCUCCCAUCGCCUCUCCGCAGUUGAAUGCAAUCAGCCCAGAAUUACGUGAAGCACCGCUAAUCAGGCCAAUGGAACUAUCACCCAUUGUUUCUCCAAGUUUUAGAUCGAGAUCUGCUUCAAGGGCAUCCCUGGCCAGGAACAGAAACUUAUCCCCAACCCCAAGACAUACUGCUUCUGUGAGAUCUGUCACUUCUCUCAAUGAGCCUCCCCCACCUCCAUUUGUUGAGAACCCUCCAUCUUAUGCUGAGGCCACGAAACCGUCGAAAAAUAAAAAAAGGUCGUCAAGCAAGAGAAGAGAAACUACAAAUUCGUCUGUAUCCAUGGACUCCUCAACUUCUGGAAAUUCUGGAAACUCGGCGCUGUCUUUCUCUGCUGGGAAAAGUGCCAAUAAUAGUGCCAGUAACACCACUUCUUCCAAUAAUAAUAAUACUAAAAAUAGCACAAGCAGUGUUCCGACGAGAAUAUCAUUGAAUCUUGGUGCCUCAAUGGGAAGCAUUCCAGGGCUGAACAACAAUGGCAGUAAUCACCAAUUACAUAGACUGGGAUCUGGUUUGAUUCCGAUAUCACAACUCAAUCCUUCAGGGACGGGGACAACUGCCUCGAGUACUCCAAGCGAAUCUACCCCAUCCAUAUCUGCAUUUUUAGAUUCACCUCUGUCUCAUCCAGAUAAUUCCAGCAAAUACAAUCCACAAAUUCCACCACCAAGCCUGAAGUCACCGCAGGAAACGCCACCGCGCUCACAUUCACCACUUCCAUCCCAGCCUAUCAAUCAGAUGGGUGACGCUCCAUCUACAGUAACAACACUUGACUCGUCUCCAACUCGAGGUCGGAAAAAGGAAACACAAGAUGCUUCUUCCUAUGACUUAGCUCAAGAUACAGAUUUGAGAUUUAAAAUUACUCCAAUUAGAAGCGCUUCGGGGUCACCGUACAUGCGUGCACAACAGUAUCCAUCAACAUCAAUUCAUGAAAGAACUGCUUCACCAAUGAGGUCUGCAUCACCAUACAGAUCGGCAUCACCGGCGCCAAUAGUUGCCACCGACAGGAAUUUAAGUAAACUAGUGAACUCGACAUUCAUGCCUGGCUUCGCUUUGGAUGAUCAUGCUCCUGGAGAUAGCAAUCCUGAAUUUUUAACGGCUCCUCAAAUCAGUAUCACUGGUUCACAGGGUAAUGAGCUAGAGAUUAAUGCCUCAUCUCAACCUAGUAGCCAACGUCAAUCUGCGGAUCUAUCUAGUGUGGACCAGCCUCUACUACGGGAAGAUGACGCUAACUUUUCCGACUCCUCAACGGAAGAAUAUGGCAACCAAACAGGUUUGAGCGAUACUUACAAUAUGCACGCAAACACCUUGGGUUCGCUAAAUUCACUGGAUAUGAUGCUGAAUAGCAACCGCAGUCAAAAUACCUUGAACGCUUUUGGUGAUAGCACUGCUCGGGUCGGAGGAGUACCCAGCAAGGGUGUGCCGUUGAACUACCUGGGAAACAAUAUGGACGGAUUUGAUGAUGGCACAGAUAUUACCAGCAUGGGCCGGUUUGCAGAGGAGAGACAUGGCGGAACAUCUACGUCUACUUCUUCAUCAAUGCCAAUUUCGUCUUUAUCCUCGCAUUGGAGCAAGCUUAGAAAUCCUAAGCUUACCCAUCCGGAUAAAAAAUAAUCAGUUUAUUAAAACGCAUCCGAAAAGAUCUUUAUAACAUUUUGUAUCUAUAUGGAAAGUAUAACAUACAGUUGAUUUAACACUCUAC